AUGCGUUUGAUUAAGUCUCUUUUUCUUGUAUUUUUGGUGUUAUAUUUUAUUGCCGGUCUUUCACUUCUUAUUACCGGUAGUGUUGCUCAUCGACAUGCUGCACAAUAUGCCGAAAUUACUGGUAAUUCGAUUAUGUCUGGUGCUGGUUUUAUUAUUGCAUUAGGUGUUUUUAUUAUUAUCUUAUCAGUUCUUGGUUUUCUUGGAGCAUUUAAUAAUCGUUUAGGAUUAUUACAACUUUUUAUUGGUUCAUUAGCGUUAAUUAUAUUACUUCAAUUCAUUGCUGCUAUUGUUGGAUUUACGCUUCGUAACAAGGCUGAUGCUACAUUAAAGAAUAAAUUAUAUAGUUCAUUAACAGCAUAUACACCAGAAAAUUAUGAGGUUGUAACAGAAUGGGAUCGUCUUCAACGACAAUGGUCAUGUUGUGGUGUGGAUAGUUCGGAAGAUUGGAUACAGAGAGCUAGACUUAGUAAAGUGCCGGAUUCAUGUUGUCUUAAAAUUGAUUGUCAACCAGUUACAGAAAAUGGAACGGUUCAUUUUAAUCAAGGUUGUUAUGAAUCAGCUCGUAAUUUAUUCUUUCGAUAUUCUAAAGCCUUAGGUGGAGUUUCACUCUUCUUCUUCUUUGUUGAAAUUGCUGGAAUGGUAUUGGCUAUUAUGCUCUUACGAGAUUUGAAGAAUAAUUAUGGAAGUGUUUAA